AAGGAAAAUGUCAAUUAGGAGAUUAUUAGUUGAUUAUUAGUUGAUCCAAUAUCAAAUUAUCUGAACUCACAUUAUCAGAAUUUGUAUGGCAGAAAGUAAGGAGAAAUACAAAUGAGAUCUUGAGAGUGACAGGGUUAAAAAUCAAGAGCUCUCCAGUUGGUGAUCAUUUCCUUUAUCAUUAUGACCUUAAUGUGAUUCAGAGGUGACAUUCUAAGCGGGAAUUAGAUGUGAGUCACUCUCGGGGGUCAAAGGUGUAAUGAAAAUGGUACCUCUUCUUUUUUUUUGCACUCUUUUUGUAAGUUAUUUAAAGGUGUUCUGCUGUCCUCAUUCCUCAGGCAACCUGACAUUUCCAGGAAAAUAAGGAAUUCAUCAAUUACAAUUUGUGUUCUUCAACUUUAAUGAGAUAGUAGCAUUUCUCAACCAAGAUUGUUUACAGCAACCAUAUUGAUUGAUUUUAUAAUGUAGUUUCACUCUCUGUAAUCAUCUGUUCUGAGGAGUUAAAAUUCUGUACUGAAUAUUUUGUAAAUUGUUUUUUCAACGAUAAUUAUCAGCAUUUGUAUUUAGUAUACAAUUAAAUUUUGCAUAAUGUAUUACCUUACUUCCUGAGAUCUCAGUUUUUGAUAUGAAUCACUGUUAUUGUAUUGAUAAGUCUAGCAAUUGUCUGAUACUUCUCAAAAUUCUCACUUUCAAAAGAUUUUGCUUUUCAUUUAGAUAAAUCUAUUGUUGGCAAUAUUGCUUAUUCUCCAUAGGGUUUCAUGUUGUAUAAAGGUGACCUUAGGGAAAGCUAGUCCAAAUAGAAAAGACAGCUGUUUAUUUUUUCCUUUAAAAGCCCCAAAAAGAGAGCUAUGUUUUAUGAUUGAUUUUUGCCACAAGAUCUGUUAUACCUUAUCAGGUUUUAUCUGAUGAAAAUCGAUGCAGUUUAUAAGGUUUAUGGUUUUUAUCUCGAAUUUCUAUUUAUUUUGUAUUAAUGUAUUCUUAUCUCUCUUCUGCCUGAAUGUUUUGUCCGGUGCAUUUUACGUUUUUGUUUCGAUCAAGGUGAAAAUGUUUACUCCCGUGAUCACUUAGAAACAACUUAUUUUCGUUACUUUAAAGUUAUGAUCAAUAAAUUUAAAGAAAACGUUUUAAGGGUCAGGAAACCUCUGAUGUAGUUAUAUAUUUCAACGUUCUUUGACAAUUUUAUGAAAAUAGUAAAUAUACAUUUCGUUAUCUCUUUUUUUCUCUGUCGUACUACAGUAUCUUUUCCUCGCAAUGUUCCGAAUCUUCAAAAGAGAAAGGUGACUCUGCACUUGACAUUUAGUAACAGAAAUUUAAAAAAACGCUGUGUGUGCGAAUUUCACUGAUUUCCGUGACUUGGCUGAACUUAAAAUCGAAUGGCUUUAGGAAGGCUUCGCAACAUUCAAAAGUACAAAAAUAUUUGGAGACAGUUACGAAGGCGUGAAUUUUCGAACGUUUACUGAAUGUGCUAUAUUUGGAUUGACAUUUCAAAUUUAAUACGGAAAGCCAUAUCAUUUACAAAUCCCAAACAAAAGUAAUUGAAAUUGACAAGCAUUGUUGUUUUUGGUGGUUAAGUAUCCAAUGAACAUUCACUGAUCAAUCGUGCGUAUAAUGACUUAUUGAAAGCAAACAAUUGCAUAUUGACAACGUUCUCUGGUCCUCGCAUAAAUUAGGUUUUCGAAUUCCACGGAGAGUUUAUACAUGUGACGUGAAAGUACAUCUCGUGCGACAGUACAGGUUACUGAGGGAUACAAGUCUUUCGUUUUGAGAAACAAUUGAAGCAUUUCGAAAAUCCUCACCUGUCAAUUGACAAAAUUGACCGGCUCGUCUUUUUCCGGGUCACUUACCGUGCAAUUUUCCUGCAUUUGUAACAAAAUUUUGACAUUCACCAAGUUUUCACAAAACUGUGUACAACCACUUUAAAUAAUGUAGUAGUAAUACCGAAGGCUGCAGAAGGGUACAAUUUGGCUGGGGUUGGGUGCAAAGAAUCUACCAAGUUGGGAUGGCCCAUGUACACCCCUCAUGAUCAUGAACACUGAAGCUUUUUAUUUCAAAGGGGAAUCACCCUUUCCAAAGUAAGUGAUGAGUUUUCUGUGAUGAAAACGACAAGUAGUACCAUCUGGGCUGCCAGGGGUGCAGCACCUCUUUCCUGCAUCAUUGCCAAGUGGUAACAGUUCAACUACUUCGGUACUUUUUGUUUGUGGCAAGGCGAGGAAAGAUUACUGAUUGUUUAUCGAGUCUUUUACUGCCUGCCGCCAAUUACCCAACGGCAUCCAACCAAUCACAAGGUGUUAUCAUAAGUGGAUUAGUAAACGUCACGAGUACUGCCAAUAACACCUGCACAUAAACUUGUCAAACCGGUUUGACCACUUUCCCGGAUGUCAAGUCCAUUACGUCAUCCCUUUACUGUACAGCUUCGUCGCCCAGGCAACAAGAAGAUCUGAUAGCGUUUUCCAGAAUUUGAUUGGUCUAUUUAGCAGCUGAUUGACAGGUUGUCGUUUCAACGCAGCGGGUGUGGGAGCCGACUCUUUGUGCACACGUCUAUCAGAAGGUUGUGUGGCGUUUGAUUUCAUGUUCCCGCCCCUGCCUCUGUUGCUUGAAAAUCCCAAAUACUUUUCUGCUCGCCAAGAGGAAAUCAAGAAAGGCUUUCGGUGUCACUUUCGAGUAUUAAGUCCCACGAGGAUUCACAGUUUAUUUUAUAACCAUAUUCAGCCGGGCAAGGGCGCAAUUCAAUAUAAUUCAACGAACGACUAACCUUCAAUUCACCGCCAUUGUAUGUGUCGUGUCCGCUGUUGCAAAACACCACAUGGCUUUCGAAUGAAAGGAACUCCGUUUUCAGUUGGUCUCUGAAGUUCGUGGAUUAUCUUUACAGCCUUCCUCGACGAAGAAAGGUCCACCAAGUAACCACAAAUCGAAGAACGGAAACAGAAACUGCUCGAGCAAUCUACUGUCGCUGUUCAAUGCAGACUGAAUAAUCACUUUUUUUACCAUUCGCUGCACAAAUUAUAAUUUUGUGCCAGCCUCGUCCUCGAGUCGGUCACGUUCAACUGGACGAAUAGAGCUUCCUAUCUUGUGAAUGUGGAGUUUUGUUCUUAAAAUACCUCAACGGAGAACAAGGGAUGGCAUCACAAGCUGUAUCAAAGGGUUCCAAGCGAAUAAAAUUAUCGCCAAACUCCGAUGAGAAAGAUGAUGUAAACAGUUGUACUACUGGCGAACAGGGUCAAUCAUCAGUUGACAUGGCUUUGGAUAAAAAAACAGUCGAAUCCAGCGACGAGCAAAACUCAAAGUCAACAAAGAAAGACAGUGAACUAGUUGUAAUAUCAUCUUCGUCAUCUGAUGAUGAUUCAGACAAGGAACUUAAGACAGACACUGUGGAACCUGUUGUAAAAAAGGAGGAGGCAGAAACAUUCCCUGAUGUUGUAAAAAGCAAAUUGCAAGUGAAUCAAACAGAAUCCCUUGAACAGGAUUCUAAACAAAUUAAGGUUGCUACAGAGCCAAAAGUAGAAAGGAAGGAUUCAGACUUGGAUGAGUGUAUCUCCCAGGAGGAUCUCCUAGCACAGUUGGGUUUGAGUUCUGUGAAAGAACUUAACAAAAAGGAGACAAGCAACAUGGAGAAUAGCACACCAUCUGCAAAUGCAAAUGGGGUUGAGAGAAAACCUUUGAUAUCCCACAGAGCUAAGGAAAGUAUCGUUGAAUUCUUGAAAAUACCAAAGCUAUCCUCUUUGGACAGCAGGAAAAAGAACAAUGGUGAGGUCAAGGGUGAUGUCAAAAUCACUAAUGGUAAUACUAGUGAUGGCUCGAGGCCAGAUUCCCCUCUGUCUGAUGAAAAUGAUGAUGAUCUUCAAGCUAAAGAAAAAUUGAUUGCACACCUUAGAAAUGAACUGAAGCAAGAAGAAGCCAAACUUCUCUUGUUGAAACAACUACAUGCUGCACAAAAUGAUGUCAAAGGUAGCUCCAAAUUUCAAAAAGAAAAUAUGGAGAAGGUACAGACACAAGGAGCCUCUUCCCAACCUGUGAAGUCCUCUAUGCAGCUUCCACCUAAAAAAGGUCAGAAUCUUCCUCCCCCACCACCUUUGAAGGCCUCAACAGUACUAGCCACUUCUACUUUCCAUCCACCCAGGGAUGUUCCAGGACAGCCAAGGCUGCUUCCAAAAGGAAGUAGUAAUGCUCAAUCACAGUCCUCAAACUCUGGAUCUUCAAAAUUUUUAGGUCCUGCAGCCCAGACCCUGAAAGAGUUUGCAGUGCAGCAGUCCAUUCAUCAACAUUCAACUCAGUCGCAUUCAAAACCUGGAUCAUCUGCAAUUGCAGAUCUGCAAAAUGUUGUCACCUGCAUGGCAAAUCUAAUUCAGCCUACUCCUCUGUACCCCCACAGUGGAGGCAGAGGCAGUCCAGCAUAUUCUGCAGCAAAUCAGCCUGCCCCUGUCCGCCCUACCCCUGUCAGAGCCAACAAUGUUAGCAGCCUCCCAGCCAGUAGUGGAUAUGUGUCAUUUCAGCAUCACUUGCCUAGUAGUUCUCAUCAGCAAAGUCCAGGUGGGAAACAAGCUGCAGCCAAGAUGGCACUACGAAAGCAGUUGGAAAGGACACUGCUUCAGAUACCACCACCAAAGCCACCUCCUCCUGAAUGGUCAUUUAUUCCAAGCCUUGGCAGCCAAGACUUCAUGCUUUUGGUUGGGCUUGAGUCUGUGGUGGAUGUUAUGGCUGCUAAAGAAGCCAAGGGAAAACAUAAUGUUCCAUUGCGAGAGCAAUUGAUAAACCCCAAAGUUUGUUCACGUUGUAACACAGACUUCUCACCUUCUUGGACAAAUAAGCCGGGCAAGGACUCAGAGCUGGUAACUGUGUGUGAAAAGUGUAGCACUGUCAAUGUGAAGAAAGAGCUUAAAGCAGAACACACUGCUCGUUUGAAGGCAGCAUUCUUGAAAGCUCUUAAGCAGGAACAGGAGAUUGAGCAAAAAAUUAAUGAUACCCCUCAAAUUGCACCUAAGCCUCAUCACCAAAGUCAGAAGUCUUCUCCUCAGCCUCCUCUAGCACCUGCACCCCCACGUCACCACAUUGCACAUCACCAACCUAUCAUGCAUCAUCAUCACCAACCAGUUCAACCAGCACUGUACCACCACCAUCAGCCUCACACCAACUCACUGUUAUUUCAACUGCAGCAACAGCACUUGCAGCAGCAACACCAGGAGUUGGAAGCCGCAGCGAGACAGCAAGCUGAUGUCAGAUGGCAUCCAUAUAUAAGUCAGCACCAUCACUCUGGAUCUCGCAACCCACAGCAUCAUCAUAGCUAUGUGUCAGACUCUGAUAGACAAUACUUGCUGGACAUGAUUCCUUCUUUGCCAACACCAACUCUUGGUUAUGGCUCUAGUAGAAUCUAGUGUAUAGAUUUAAAGGAGGUAAUACCUGAGCCUUGUUGAAUUGAAGCACCACUUUUCACAAUAUUCUUCUAUGCUUCCAGAUAUUGAUCUUAGUAGAAACAGGUUUAGGCAAAUAAGAGGACAAUCAAUGAUUCCAGGGUGGAUCACCAGUUGCGUAUUUGAUGGGAAGGUAGAUGUUUUUCUUCUUUGACUUUGAUACUGAGGUACUAUCAAAUUAGGUUUUGACAUUCUCCAAUAUUUCACAGGGACUGAAAGCCUGGUACUUUCUCUCCAAAUAUAUUAGUUCAGUUAAUUCUGACUAGCUGUUUUUUAAUGGUAUGUGGAUGGUGCUUCAUUUAAGUAAGGCUCAAGUAAAGAAAUAACUAUUUAACAUAGUAAAUAAAAGAAACAUGUAUAAAAUUAUCUUUAAUUAUAGACUCUAUCUUGAAUUGACAAUUUUUGUUCACCAUCCUGCUUCCUAGAAAUCUUUCAGUGCAUUGUACUGCACAAAGAGCGAUAAAAUUUUUGUUUCCUGUGGAAGAUGUCCAGCCCCCUAGAGUUACAAAUCUUAGGUUUCAAUGAUGGAGCUCUACUUAAAGCAGUUAACAGCAUCCCUUACUGUGCAAACAAUUUCUAUCUAGCAUACAUGUAAGUUUAGUCCUAUUUACAACUUUGUUAGAUAUUAAUGCCCAUAGGAGUGUAAAGCCAGAUAAACAACAGUUGGAGUAAAAUCACAACUUUUUGCACAGCUUAAGGGUAGCUCUAAUCAAGGUGGAUUCGUUGGUCUGCUAAGGGAGGGUAUAGGAAGGUGUGCAGGAGGGUGGAUUCCCAUCUCGGGUGUUUUCUUCUUUGGGCAGACUGCCCAAAUUACUUCUGGGUGUAGCUGUACCAGGUAUUUAGGCUGUAUUCUGGGAAAUAACCUCAAACUCUUCUUAUUAGACAAAUUGCUAUUAUAUUUGAAUCUUUCACUGAAUAUUCUAUUUCCUGUCGAUAAAAAUAUGGACAUUUCAAUUUAUUUAUUUAUUAUCAAAAGCAACUGCUUCAGAGACAACAAACUGUAGUAUAAAUAAAGUCUUAAAACUGUA